AUGGCUGUAAGUAAUAGUUGGUUGGAGUAUAUUGAAGAUACCAAACAAUUAAAAGUCCCUAAAAAAGAAAUUAUGGACUUAUUAAGUUUUAGAAUGAGAUUGGCAGAAGAAUUAAUUUAUAUGGGCAAAACAGUUACUCCCCCUACAAAGAAAAAAGGACGACCACCAAGUACACCAUCACCUACAGUAAAACAAAAAUUAUACUCGGAAAAUCAAAAACUAAAACAUGUAGACUCAAGACCGUCGACAUCCAUUCAACUUGAUAAAGUGAGUCACUUGCCGGAUUUAGACACUCGAAAAGAAGCGACCAGAUGCAAAAAUGCAGGCUGUAAAGGAAGAACACAUGUAUAUUGCGAAAAAUGCAAUGUCCAUUUAUGUCUGACGACAAAAUCAAAUUGUUUUCGGGCAAUUCAUGUUUAG